CACCAAAGGGGAAGAUAUAAGCCCUGAUCUCUUCCCAAAUUUCCUUUAUUCUUUACUGUUUUCGUUGUUGUCCCUCGAGGGAAAAAAAAUUAAAAGAUCGUCUCGGCAAUUGUAAUUGGAAGUUGUUGAGGUACUUAGUAACUACUAGCUAGCUGAGAAUUAGAAGUUAUAUUGGUCAAAAAUUCUCGGGCGUCGCCGGGGAUCCGAGAGCCGGAAUGCAGAAGAUGGGGACGGACGACGGGAAGGGCGGCGACCACCAGUCGGACAUCAUCGAGACCGAGAGCGUCGGCAGCGAUCGGGUCGGCCACAGCGGGCCGCUCAGCAAGCGCAGCAGCCGGAAGAGCGCCCGAUUCAACCUACCGAGCUCCGCCGCCGGCGAUGACGAGCAGUACGUGGAGAUCACGCUUGAUGUCCGCGACGACUCGGUGGCGGUGCACAGCGUGAAGCCGGCGGCGGGCGGGGAGGCGGAGGACCCGGAGAUGACGCUGCUGGCCCGGACGCUGGAGAAGCAGUCCGGCUCCAUCGGGUCGUCGGUGCUACGGAGCGCGUCGUCCCGGAUCCGGCAGGUGUCGCAGGAGCUGAAGCGGCUGGCCUCGGUCACCAAGAGGUCCGGCCCGGGCCCGGUCGACCGGUCCAAGUCGGCCGCCGCGCACGCCCUCAAGGGUCUCAAGUUCAUCAGCAAGACCGACGGCGCCGCCGGCUGGCCGGCCAUCGAGAAGCGCUUCGACGAGCUCGCCGUCGACGGUGCCCUCCCCCGCUCCCUCUUCGGCCAGUGCAUAGGAAUGAAGGAGUCCAAGGAGUUUGCGGGAGAGUUGUUCGACGCGCUGGCGAGGAGGAGAAAUAUAAUCGGCGACUCGAUCACCAAGGCGGUGCUGAGGGAGUUCUGGGACCAGAUCUCGGACCAGAGCUUCGACUCCAGGCUCCAAACCUUCUUCGACAUGGUGGACAAGAAUGCCGACGGAAGGAUCGGCGAAGAAGAGGUCAAAGAGAUCAUCUCUCUUAGCGCCUCAGCAAACAAGCUCUCCAAGAUCCAAGAACAGGCGGAGGAGUACGCCCGCCUCAUUAUGGAAGAAUUGGACCCCAAUAGUCUUGGCUACAUCGAGAUAUACAAUUUGGAGAUGCUUCUGCUGCAAGUCCCGGGGCAGUCGAUCCGGAUCGGGACGACGAACAGCAGGAACCUGAGCCAGAUGCUGAGCCAGAAGCUGAAGCCGACCGAGGAGCCGAACCCACUCCGGCGGUGGUACCAGCGGGCCAGGUACUUCCUGGAGGACAACUGGAAGCGGGUAUGGGUGCUGGCGCUGUGGCUCGCCAUCUGCGCCGGCCUCUUCGCCUGGAAGUUCAUGCAGUACCGGCGCCGGGCGGUGUAUCACGUCAUGGGCUACUGCGUCUGCGUCGCCAAGGGCGGCGCCGAGACCCUCAAGUUCAACAUGGCCCUCAUCCUCCUCCCCGUCUGCCGCAACACCAUCACCUGGCUCCGCAACAAGACCAAGCUCGGCGCCGCCCUCCCAUUCGACGACAAUCUCAACUUCCACAAGGUGAUUGCGGUGGGGAUCGCCAUUGGCGUGGGAUUGCACGCAAUCUCGCACUUGACCUGCGACUUCCCGCGGCUCCUGCAUGCGAGCGACGCGGCGUACGUGCCGAUGAAGCCAUUCUUCGGGGACACGAGGCCGAACAACUACUGGUGGUUCGUGAAGGGAACGGAGGGGUGGACCGGGAUCACCAUGGUGGUGCUGAUGACCAUCGCCUUCGUUCUGGCCACCCCGUGGUUCCGCCGCGGCCGGAUCGGGCUUCCCAAGCCCCUGAACCGGCUCACCGGUUUCAAUGCCUUCUGGUACUCCCACCACCUCUUCGUCAUCGUCUACAUCCUCCUAAUCAUCCACGGCAUCUUCCUUUACCUCUCCCAUCAAUGGUACAAGAAGUCGACCUGGAUGUACCUGGCGAUCCCGAUGAUCAUCUACGCGACCGAGCGGCUGAUCAGAGCGUUCAGAUCGAGCGUGAGGCCGGUGAAGAUACUGAAGGUGGCGGUGUACCCAGGGAACGUGCUGGCUCUCCACGUGUCCAAGCCUCAGGGCUUCAAGUACCGGAGCGGGCAGUACAUAUUCGUCAACUGCGCUGCCGUGUCGCCUUUCCAAUGGCAUCCGUUCUCUAUCACUUCAGCGCCCGAAGAUGAUUACCUCAGCGUCCACAUACGGACGCUCGGCGACUGGACCCGCCAGCUCAAAACGGUUUUCUCGAGAGUGUGCCAGCGACCGGCCGAUGGGAAAAGCGGGCUUCUGAGAGCCGACUGCGAUGGCGACGCCGACAUCUCCAUUCCAAGCAUGCCUCGGGUGCUGAUAGAUGGACCCUAUGGAGCGCCGGCCCAGGACUACAAGAAGUACGACGUGGUUCUGCUGGUGGGGCUGGGCAUCGGCGCCACCCCCUUCAUCAGCAUCCUCAAGGACAUCGUCAACAACAUGAAGCAGCUGGAAUCGGAAGGCCUGCUCGACUCGGAGGGCGAUCGGGAUCUGGAAGGCGCCGGCGGCAGCAGCCAUAGGCCCAGCGGAACGUCGUCGACGUUCAAUACCCGGAGGGCCUACUUCUACUGGGUGACGAGGGAGCAGGGGUCGUUCGAGUGGUUCCGUGGGGUGAUGAAUGAGGUGGCGGAGACGGACAAGAAGGGGGUGAUCGAGCUGCACACCUACUGCACCAGCGUAUACGAAGAAGGGGACGCCCGGUCCGCCCUCAUCACGAUGCUGCAGUCCCUGAACCACGCCAAGCACGGGGUCGACGUCGUCUCCGGGACCCGCGUCAAGUCCCACUUCGCCCGACCCAACUGGCGCAACGUCUACAAGCGCAUCGCCCUCAACCACCGCGACCAGCGCAUCGGUGUGUUCUAUUGCGGAGCUCCGACGCUGACGAAGCAGCUGCGCCAACUUGCGCAGGAUUUCUCACGGAAGACCACCACCAAGUUCGACUUCCACAAGGAGAACUUCUAGACCCGAGCCUCUACCAUCUGAUCAUUACAAGGAUAUAUAUAUACAUACAUAUAGCACACCACAAGCAUCCCACAAUAGCAGCAGCAGGCAAGGAUCCCCGACCACCGUGGGAUCCAAUUAGCUACCCAUAGAGAUCUCUUCCUUUCUUUUGUACAGUUCUUACAUAUCUUUACAUUUGUUAGGACUUUUUGAGAGAAAUAGGUUCCUUUUGGAGAACCAAAGCAGGCCACCAAGUUCUUCUGUGGUGGCUUUGAAAGAAAUGGCACGCAGUUGGUCAGCGUAGGAGGCUUUGUAUUCAAGGGGAGUGGUUGAGCCGUUGUUGAGAUUGGAAAACCACCAGAAGGUCCACCAGAGUAAGUUAGGAUAUAAGAGCGCUCGUCUUUAAUUACCCGUAUUGGGCGAAUAUAUGUCAUCCCCAUGUUGAUAUUUGUACACAGCUGCAAGGCUCAGCACCACUUCAUUGAUGAGAUAGUAAAAGGUUUUCAGCAAAUGACGUUUCUGCUG